UAGGUGUGGCGCAUGCGUUUUGGGGAAGAAGCGAUUUGUAUUAUGGUCGAGCCCUUACCGGACAAGCAGAGCGGCCUGAGGAAUUACGCCGGGAGAGGGCGGGAAGGGAGAAAAAGAGGCGGGUGUCGCUUUUCCGAAGAUGUGGGAAUUGGUCGCCGUCGCUAAGCCUAACUCAGGUGAACCACAUCGACUUUUAAUUGGUGUUGAAUAUGUUGUUGGACGCAAGAAUUGUGCAAUUUUAAUUCAAGAUGAUCAAUCAAUCAGCCGAAGUCAUGCAGUCCUUUCUGUUAGUCAUCCUCCAGUUAACCUUAGUCAAUCAUCUACAUAUCCUGUGUUAACACUAAAAGACACUUCUAAAUAUGGUACCUUUGUUAAUGGCGAAAAAGUACCAAGUGGCAACUCCCGAACUUUGCAGUCUGGUGAUAGAAUCACUUUUGGGGUCUUUGAAAGCAAAUAUAGAGUAGAAUAUGAACCCAUGGUUGUGUGCUCUUCGUGCUUGGAUGUUUCACAGAAAAGUGUUUUAAAUCAAAAUAUUCUGCAGCUGGGAGGCCAUGUAGUGAGUGAGUGGAAAGAAGACUGUACUCAUCUUGCCAUGGUCUCAGUCAAAGUUACUGUGAAGACAAUAUGUGCACUGAUUUGUGGUCGGCCAAUUACAAAGCCAGAAUAUUUUGCUGAAAUAAUCAAAGCUAUUCAGGCCAAACAACAGUUGCCCAAGCCAGAAAGUUUUCAUCCUCCAGUUAAUGAGCCAACUAUUAGGAAUGAAAAAAUUGAUCUGGCUGUGCAUCCUGAAAGAAGAGUAAUCUUCAGAGGGAAGAAAUUUGUGUUUCUGUCUGCUAAGCAGCAUGCAAAACUGAGUCCAGCCAUCACACUUGGAGGAGGGGAAACAAAACUGAUGACGGAAGGAGCAGAAGAUGCUACUGAUUUAGUAGCUCCUCACAUUUGUGUUAUUGAUGUCGGACUCACAGGCUCUCAAGCAUCAGCUUCUGACUUGGAGAGGAAAUGGGCUGCUACAAUCACAACGGUCUUCGAAAGGAAAAAAUAUAGGACAAUUUCAGAGGCAGAAAUUGGUUUAGCAGUUAUCUUUGCUUCCACAGAAAGGUACUGUAAUCCUCAAGCUUCUCUUGAUCCAGAAAUAAAACCUUCUACUUCAUCAUCAGUUGCUACACAGCCAAGUCUUUCUCAGAAUGGAUUGAUAGAGGAGACAGGUGAUGUCACAGCAUAUGUAACAGACACAGAGCUGAUGGACACAUGCAUGGAAAUAUUUGGAAGUCAUAAAGAAAUUCCUGUUCGGAAUCAGAGAGGUAAAAUGCAUCCACUGGAUAGAACUACUGUAAAGGAGACUCCGGCUGGAACUGGUACCAUAAAUAUGGAAGCAGCAGCUAAGCUGAACAGGCAGCCUGGGACUGAUCAAAGCAGUUUAGCAUUUUCACCCUCUAAACAUCCAGGGUAUUGCAGAAACAGAGAGGGCAAUUCACAGCAACACUCCAAUUCAAUUAAAAAUUACUUCCAAGCCGUUACUAAGAAAAGGGAAAGGAAUGAAGAAGGAGAAACAUCAGUAUCUAAAUAUGCGAAGGUAGAUGAGAAAUCAUCCCAAGCUUCCAUUCGUAGUCCGCCUGUAAUGUCUUUGCUGUUGGAAAGAAGAGUAGAUGGAUCUCAAAAGGGGCAGUGUUCUUUGGAUCAGAAAACGAACCUGUCUUCUGUGAACUUAACUACAAAGUCUGUGAUGGAGAACAGGACAUCAGAAGAAAAAACUGCUGCUGAAAAUAUUCCUGCUGGAAAACAUACAUCAAAAAAGAGAAAAGAAUUUGAUGAUUUAGAAGAUGCUGCUUCAUUAGAGCUUGUUUUUGACGCCAAAGAGUUAGACUGGGAAGAAAAUCUUGGAGAUGGUGAUGGAGAAAAUAGUGGUGGUAUAAAGAAGAAAAGGAAAUUAGAAACUAAAGGGGAUGGUAUUCAAGAAAGAAAUUCUGCAAACAGAGAGACUGGGAAGCUGUCGCAAGAAAAUGAACAGCCCCUUCCAGCUUUGGUCCGGAAACAAGAGAUAAAAGAAGAAUCAUCACAUAUUACAAGAUAUGAAUCACACAAUCCUGAUACCUUUGCAAAUGACUCUAGCAGUCUUCCCAACAGGCUUUUGCUGACUGAAUUUAGAUCACUGGUAGUUAGUCAGCCAACGAGAGGUGUUGAUUCCACUGCCAAAACAGAUUAUGAACAUCUAAACAACUUCAAAAAAUUUAAAAAGAUUCCUUAUCCUGGAGCAGGACAGUUUCCUCACAUUAUUGGGGGAUCAGAUCUGGUAGCUCAUUCUGCUAAAAAGAAUUCUGAGCUGGAAGAAUGGUUGAGGCAACAAAUGGAGGAACAGAGUCGACAUGCAAAAGAGGAGUCACUUGCUGAUGAUCUGUUCAGGUAUGACCCUCGUGUAAAAAGAAGAUAGAUAUCCCGAUUUGGAUCUAUUGCAAAGUGUGAACUUCUUUUCAGCCUGCUUGCUGUCUAGCACCAAAAGAUUCAUUUAACAUUGAUCAUUCUUCAGAGAACCUGAGAACAACAACUGACAUUUCUGGUUGCAAAGUCUUAAAAUAGUUCUUGAUUUGAUACGAGUUAGAGCUUAAAAGUGUUUAAAAUUCAUGUUACAACUAAGGAGCAUUAAUUUGGAUACAAAUGUUGCUUUAUAAAAGGAGACUAGAAGAAAGUGUUUCUUUUUAAAAGGACUCGUUUUAGCUUCUUUUGGUAUGACUUGCACAAUACUCUAAAAUUAGGACAAGAGAUAUUUUAUAAUAGGACUUGAUGUGAUAUUUGUAUUAUGGAUCCUCAGAUUUCUGCUUUCUUCAUUUCAGAUAUCAUUUGCUCCUUUAGUAAAUUAAAUUUUAUUAGUAUGUAAGUUAAUGACAGAUCUUUGAUUGUGAUCUUUUUACUUUUUUCAUUAGUACUAAAAUUAUAAGAAUCCAAAAUGUUUAUUGGAAAAGUAGCAGCUAUGAGGUGGGCUACUGCUGAAAUAAGUCUCUGUGGAGUUCUGCAGAUUUCUGAUGAGAGAAUUCAUUUAUACUCUAGUUUUCAGACAUCGUUCUGUUAUUCAAGCAAGUAGUUUCCCUCUCUUCAGCUUUAUGUUCAGAGAAUCCUUUGAGAAUCCUUGGUAUAAACUCCAAAACUGCAUCACCGAAUGUCUGUGAUGCAGUGUAGUUUCCCGGACCAUCCCGGAUUGGAAUUCAUGCUCUCAGCAAGGUCUGGUACUGGUUUCACUAGGACAUUAACUUUGGCAGUAAAAGACAGUCUCAAAGGACAGUGAUCGCUUAAUGUUACAUCUAAAACCUCAAAUUAAAAAAUGCAGUUAAAUAGGUCAGGGGAUAUGGCUAUGUAGUCAACAGUGCUGGUACCUGAUGCUGCCAAGUAUGUAAAGGACCCCCCGUGGAAUCAAAAGAGGUACCAUGCAAGAUAUGCAGGUUGGACAGAGAAAGCAGUUUCAGUAGUUUAAGGCCAAACUUAUUUACUACUGAGUCCUUCGCUGAGCACUCUUAAGACAUGGGCAUUUGUAGCAAUCUGUGUACUCACAGCAUCUCUUGCCUCAAACGUGCCCGCCCCUAUUCUCGCGUUGAAGUCUCCGCAUAGAAUUGAAUGUCUGUGAAGAAUGAGAACCUCCAGCAGCUUUAGAAUCUUUGUACUACUAGUUGUAUGUAGAAAGCAGGCUGACUUCUACUAAUUCUGCACAAACACAAUUCCUUGAUGAAGACAGGUGUAUCCCAAUUUAUUUCAUACUGAGGAGGAAGGAAGUCCCCUUCCUACUCUGGUGAAAGAGCUUGGUUUCCUUAAGUGUUCCCUACCACAACCAAAAUCAGAUUUCCUCCUUUCACUUCUGUUAUGGUUAAAGGCAGCAAAGACUGUAUUUGUAGUUGAUGAAGUUUGCAUAUGUAGAAUUUUUUUAAAGAAACAUGUAAAGUUCAUCUAAGCUGGUGGUAUUCCACCUUUCCAGAGUUGGGUCUCGUCCUGCAAGCAUGUGACGGGAGAAGGGAGGAGCCAGAGUGACAUCACUAGUUUCAACUCAAGAGGGUCAGGGACAGGAACGCAAGCUGAGCAACUUGAGGUCUAUUGUAGUGAGGAAGAAAUCACAGGCCAGAUCCAUGGAGUAAUCUGUUGAACCACUAAACCAUUUAGCUGUCCUGGUGUUAAUUUAAUGAGUGUGCAUAGAGGGGCUGGAUAAACAGCGCCUUAUACUCUACUUAUGCUUACAGGUCCUUUGAAAUGACAGCAAAAAAACACUGACUUUAUAGGCCCUUGAUACUCAGCAGAUGGAACUUUGCAACCACUGAUCUAGGCCAUCUUCCUCUCUUGAAGAAGGAGAUGCCCUAAAGUAACAUACUUAUAUCCCAAAGCAACAAAGUGUCAUAAGCUAAUGGUUAAAAAGAAUUACUGUUUUCAGUUAAAUGAUGACAGAAAUCAAGUUGCUGUGAUGGUAUCUUGAAAUACACAAACUGUAUUAACAAAGCUCCAGCAUUCUGCCAUAGGUGCUGUUGAUUUACCUGGUUAACCCUCUCAUCCCUGCUCCAUCCCUUGUAAGCAACUGCUUCACAUCUGUCAAACAAUAUAUUUUUCACAAUAAAAUACCACAUUUAGUGCCAUUUCAUAAAGUAAGUUGCAUUAAGUUUAUUGAUUUGCAUAGUUUCAGAAUCCCCAAUUUCUCUGCCUCUUUGAAUUAUACAAUGUUCCCACUGUGGCUUUGAAACACUGAUUUAGGGGUUAGGUAUAGCAUCACAGUUCAAGUCUGGGAACACUGCAUAUCUGUCCAUUUUUUUUAAUGUGUCUAGUCCAUUGCGUGAGGAUUUAACCAUAUAUAAAACCUGUUAAGAGUACAGCCCAGCCAGCUGCAGAAAACCCAUUGCCCCUAGUAACUAUUGGAUUCAUCAGUGCUGAUUAAAAUGUUC